CAGGGCCGGUUGCAAUGCCCGCGUUCGCCGCCAGGGGGCGGCCACGGUCCAAAGUGUUAGGCCGCUGGCGAAGAUGAAGGCGGCGGAGAAGCUGAUGAAAGUGUUCGUGACCCGUCGAAUCCCGCAGGACGGAUUGAAGAUACUGACCGAGUCCGGAAUCUGCAGCAUUCAGCAAUGGGACUCAGACGAGCCCAUUCCCAAGAACGAGCUGCUGAAGGGAGUUGCAGGGGCUCACGGGCUCUACUGUAUGUUGACGGACAAGAUCGACAGCGAGAUUUUGCAGGCGGCAGGGCCAAGUUUGAAAGUUAUCAGCACAUUGUCUGUUGGAUUUGACCAUCUCUCGCUGGGAGACAUUAAAAACCGGGGAGUCCGUGUGGGCUACACUCCUGAUGUUCUCACUGACUCCACUGCUGAACUCACCGUGGCGUUACUCCUGGCAACGUCUCGCCGAUUGAUUGAAGCAGCAGAAGAAGUUAAAAAUGGAGGAUGGACUGCGUGGAAGCCCCAAUGGAUGUGUGGCCAUGGAUUGGCUGGAAGCACCGUGGGAAUAGUGGGUCUAGGAAGAAUAGGCCUUUCAAUCGCUCAGAGACUGAUGCCAUUUGGAGUGAAGAGAUUCCUAUAUACUGGACGACAGCCAAGGCCAGAAGCUGCUGCCAAAAUACAUGGUGAAUAUGUGCCUCUGAAUGAAUUGGCUGAAGAAUCAGACUUCAUUGUUGUAUCGUGUUCCUUCAGUCCUGAAACCAAGGGAAUGUGUAACAUGGACCUGUUUUCCAAAAUGAAGAAGACAGCAGUAUUUGUUAACACCAGCAGGGGAGCAGUGGUAAACCAGGAUGAUCUUUACAAGGCUUUGACCACUGGACAGAUUGCUGCAGCAGGAAUGGAUGUCACUGAUCCAGAGCCAUUGCCCACCAAUCAUCCUCUGUUGUCACUGAAAAACUGCGUUAUACUGCCUCACAUUGGAAGUGCCACUUACACAACUAGAAACACCAUGUCUAUACUGGCAGCCAACAACAUCCUGGCUGGUCUAAAAGGAGAGCCGAUGCCAAGUGAACUCAAACUGUAACUGGAGAGAUUUGUUCAUGUGUACACAAAAAACAUAUUCUUUCAAAAUUAUAUGUGUGAAUUUAGUUUGGAAUGAACAAUUAGUUUAUUAAAAUUUGAAUUUAAAAAAUUGAAAACUUGUAAUUUAAUUAAAAUUAUAGGCAAGUAAAAGUGGAAAGUCAGGCUUUGCUUACAUUUGAAACUAUCAAGCAAAGUGAAGCUCAGUCUGGUGUAAUGCAGCCAUUUAGUUCCUUGAACCUGGAGAUCGUGAUUGAUCUCUGAUCCAGUUCCAUAUACAUGCACUUUAUAGUUUCACAUAAGAAGAUUUUAAAUAAAUGACCCAGAGUCAGUUGCUGUUUGUGGAAGGGCAUUCUAUUUUUUCUUUGCGCCAUACUUUGUAUCCUGGAAGCCAUUCUAAAUUUUGAAACAUGGCCUUCUAGUAUAUCUUCAAAAUUCAAAAAUGUCAGCCUGUAAUUAAUCCUUUGAAAAAGUGUAAUAGUUUGAAAUAAUGAUAUCUGAGCUCAAACACCAGUAUAUCUAUCCUCAAGAUACUGCUGUCUGAGUUCUGGGUAUAAUAUCAAGGCCAGCACUCCAUUAGCCAUUUAAUUACAUCUUGUACAUAUUUUUAUAAGCUAUGUACAUGGAUUCCACUGUUCCAAACUGUUAUGUACCUUUACAGUCUUUUCAAUCAUUGAGGUGAAGCCAUUGAUGCUCUCUUCCACUUCUGGAAGGCAAUGCUGACAUUACAGAACAUAAUUUUCAUUCUCAAAGAAUUGAAGUAUUAACUAAGUUAAAGGACAUGAAAGCAGUUUUGUUAAUGGAGUUUCAAUAAUGAAUCACAUCGGUCAGUUCAAAACAUGUUAUACAUGGUCCAAUAUUGGACUUGCUAUGCCCAGACCCAGGAAAGUACAAAUGCAAUUCAUUCAUUAUUCAACUUCACUGACAUAAGCCAAGCUUUAACUUUAGAUGGACUUGCUGCUGGGGCAUAUUUCCAAUUUUAUUUGCACUCCAAUCUUCAGUUUCACAGUCCCCAGACCACAUCAAGUAAAUAAAUUCAAAGUCAAUAUAAAUUUAGUGGUUUGGAGAUAUCCUGGGGAUCAUCAUCAGAUCUGACAUUAUUGUUGAGAGCAAUGAAAAGGUUUAUUUUUUGUCAGCAAUUAGGAAUCAUUUAUAAAAUUGACAUCUUAAUGCAUUUUUUGUUUAUUUUCCAAAGUUGUACUUGCACUCCUAUUAAUUCUGUUUACUGAGAAACUAUCUGUAGUGUAAAUGUGCAAGUCUGUUAAUAAUAAAAUUCAGAUUGAAAAUCUGG